GGAAUGCUCACGAGGAAGUCGCCGUCACGAGCAGACGAGCUGAGGAAAACGAGCUCGGCAACUCUACAACUCCUUUUUUUUUGUUGGUUUUCUAUAUACCGCAUGGGUUCUAGGAAGGUUCCUCGCUCCUUGUUCUUGGAGUGGACAUUGGAGUCUGGAGGCAAACACCGUGAUACUGAUACUGGCAUACUGCAGCGUGUGACAAGGCGAGCUCUGCUCCCGUCAAGCCACGCACGAGGACUCGAGGAGGCAUUAGCUAGCUGCAAGCGGCUGGCUCACCGGUGACGGUGAGAGAAACCGUGAAGCAAACCAAAGCAAGGCAAUGCCGGACCUUCGUGCAAGGUCAGGUGAGUGAUUGACGACAUUGACAGGCUUGAAAGGCCGGUUCGUCUCAUCCGCUGGCCGCCGGCUGCGCCCGCUGUCCCCCUUCGCUCCUCUUCUCAUGGGUCUCCCUAAAACCCUUCCUAACCCUGAAUAAUAAAAAAAAAACUUCAUGUCCCUCCUCGCGAAUGGUACAGUGUGGUAUUGUGCUACUAUCGCGAAUUCCUCAAUCAGGUCAAGCCUCUUCCUUCCUCGAAUCCAUGUCAUCUUUGACGAAUCCAAGCACUAGGAAUCUAGGAUCUUGCUUGGUCUCGGAGUUGGAGGCGGCUCUAAUUCCUCCGCCCGAUCCUCGGUUCGGUCCAACCACACACCUCCGCUGUCAGUCCCUACUGCUAUUCUCUCCUUCACUCCUCGCCGAAACUGCCACGCAGGAGCACGAGGACCUCGUGAGCCCAAGCUUGAACGCUCGUUUACUUUUCGAGGUUGGUGCGGUUCUCGCAGCUGCUGAUGCCGCCGCCGCCGCUUUGUUUAAGCAGCAAACCACCGCACCUGCUGUUUCUUCUCGGUCCGCUUUGAUCAAUCGCCUCCCUUUCUUUCUCGGUGAUCGCCUUUUCCUGAGAUUGAAAUUUUAUUUGUCGGUGGUCCGGCACUUUGGCUCCGUCUCCGUGGCCGGCCGAACAGGCGGCAGACGCAGGCAGCAGCAGCAGCAGGCGCUGGUGGUGGCGCUGGCCGUUGGCGUUGGCGUUGUGAACAAGAAAUUCCUCGGGUUUCACGCGGCUCCCGUCGCUUUGGCGUUUUGGUCCCUUCCUUUUCUUCCUUUCCGCUAGUUUUCUGGUGACGGGGGGUUUUUGCGCUCUGGUUCGUGUUGGGUUUAUAGGACGGCACGGCACCAGCUGAGUUCGCUUCCCCAUCCCCAUCCCCAUCCCGCUCCCGCUUGCUCCGUGCCGUGGUCUCCGAGAUCGGGGUUCCUUUCCUUGCCGAUUUGAUCCGCCCAGCUGGAAAACGAAAAUCGCUGAUGGGUUUUGGAAGGAAAGUUGUCAUUUCUUGGUGAGGUUUCCGUUUCUGGAUCGACUAGCUGAUCGAUCGUAGUAUCGUACUAGCCACCAUGGCGUCGUCGUGCAUCCCGGCCGGCGGCAUCCGGCUGCCGGACCUGGAUAUGGUCAAGACCGCACCGCCGCCGGCGCCGCACCGCCCGGCGGCGUCCUCCACGCUCUCGGAGGCGUCCCACUCGUCCCCAGCCUCCUCCUCGUCGGUGGCGUCGCUGUCGCUCAAGCGCCCGCGCACGCGCACGCCGCGGAAGCGGCCCAGCCAGACGUACAACGAGGCGGCGGCGUUGCUCGCGUCCAUGUACCCCUCCGUAUUCCCCGUCGCCAGGGGCUGGGGGGCCCCCGAGGCGGCGCCACCCCGCCUCCUCGGCCUCGCCUCCGCGCUUGGCGACGACCCGUCCUGCUCCGACCUCCUCCCUCCGUUCCCCGUUCCCGGAGGCCACGCCGCCUUCCUCCUCCGCGACCUGCCGCCGCCGCCGCCGCAGAGCCCUGCCGGCGUCGCCAAGAGCUGCCCGUCGCCCGCGGCCGUCAGCAGCGUCUUCAGCGAGUUCCGCGACCCGGCACCGUCCCCUGCAACCCCUGACGAUGCUGCUGCGGCACCUGACGAGCCCGGAGAGCUCCACUUCGACGUUGACGACGGUUUCGACGCUGACUCUAUUCUGUGCGGCGUCGACCAGAGCGCGGCCGAGGGCAUCGACGGCAUCAUGGGUAAGCUCUCUAUGGAAAACAGCGGGACGUCCGUGUCAAGCUCAAGCGUCAACUCCAACCUGCCCAUAUCCAAGAUACACCCUUACCUCAGGAACCUUAUGGUCCUCGGGCUGAGCUUCCGGCACGAUCAGAAUAUCUUCAACCAAGCGCUCAAGCGCCAUAGCGUCGAUCAUGAAUGGUGGAUGUGCCCUGCCAUACCUGUAAAAGACAUUACCCCUGCGCCGCCACCUUCAGUAGCAAUGUCGAAAGUGACAGACAAGAAGACUAAGAAGUCACUGGGGACAAUGUACGAGGAGGGGGUUCCUGAGUCUGUCAAUGGCGACGCUGGAACUUUGGCACUGCCAGAGACAGGAUUGGGGCUGAGCUUGAACACUGACGGGGUGCUCAAGGCGUGGUGCGGCAGAGGCUCUGUGUUCGCUGAUAGCAAUGGCUCUGACUUGCCGUUGUCUUCUGCUCAUGUGGUAGCCCACAACUUCAUGUUGGUGCAGCAUUCAAUUAAAUCUCUCCACAAGAAGAAAGUCUCUAGUUUGUUCUUGAAGUUGGAUAUCUCCAAAGCCUUUGAUUCAGUUUCUUGGGCUUUUUUGUCUGAAGUGCUUUCACAUCUUGGUUUUGGUCCUGUGUGGCGAAGUAUGAUUUCAAAUUUGCUGAUCUCGUCCUCCACUCAGGUGCUUUUGAAUGGGUCUCCUGGUAUUCCUAUUAAACACCGGAGAGGGCUUCGCCAGGGGGAUCCUCUUUCUCCUAUGUUGUUCGUCUUGGUUAUGGAUGUGCUCAACAGUUUAUUCUUGCUGGCUGAAAACAGGGGGCUGCUGCAUAGAUUGGAGGGCGCUAAUAUUCGAAACAGGCUGUCCAUUUAUGCUGAUGAUGUAGUCCUUUUUGUUCAACCUGUUGAGGAAGAUCUUCACUGCGUCAGAACAAUUUUGGAUUGCUUUGGCUCAGCUUCUGGGUUGGUGUCUAACUUGCAAAAAAGCUAUGUCAUUCCAAUUAAGUGUAAUCAGCAGGCGGUGCUGGUGGGCUGCAAUAUUCUUCAAUGCUCUUCUUCUUCUUUCCCUUGCACUUAUUUGGGAUUGCCAAUAUCAGACAAGAAGCUCAGAAGGAAUGAUCUCAUGGUUUGGGUCGACAAAAUUGCUGAUCGGCUUCCUAAUUGGAAGGCCCGGCUGCUUAAUCUGGCUGGCAGGACAGCUAUAGUGCGCUUCGUGCUUUCGGCCAUCCCGGUAUACCUUCUCAUUGCCAUGAAUAUUCCCAAGUGGGUGAUAAAUUCUAUAGAUAAGAUUCGAAGAGGAUUUCUUUGGAAAGGAAGAAAGGAGGUAACUGGAGGUUGUUGUCUUGUCUCUUGGGAUAUAAUUACAAGGCCUUUGUAUCUUGGUGGCCUUGGGAUUUCUAACUUACUUUACCAAAGCUGGGCGCUGCAGACUAAAUGGUUAUGGUUGGAAAAAACAGAUCCAAAUAGGCCUUGGGUUGGGCUGAAUUUCCCUAUUCAGCAGCAUGUCAGGAGAUUCUUUGCUUCUUCAAUUAUUACCUUGGUUGGAGACGGGUCUACUACUUUAUUCUGGACAGAUAGGUGGUUGGAUGGGUCUUGUAUCCAGGAUCUUGCCCCUGAUGUAGUUGCUUGUGUUGGGAAAAGGGCUAGUUCUUCCAGAACGGUGGCCCAUGCUCUUGAGAACUGGCAGUGGGUCAGCGACUUAGAAACCCCUCUUAAUUUGAUUGGGUUGCAGCAGUACCUACAGCUUUGGGACACUUUAAGAGGAGUGGUGCUGACACAAGAGGCUGAUAGACAUGUGUGGAUUCAUUCUUCCUCUGGGCAGUUCUCUUCUAGAUCAUGCUAUAAGGCUUUUUUCAUGGGUUCGAUUACCUUUGAACCUUGGAAGAGGUUAUGGAAAUCUUGGGCUCCACCCAAAUGCAAAUUCUUCCUAUGGUUGGCAAUAAGGAAUAAAUGUUGGACAGCUGAUAGACUUCAGAAGAGAGGGCUGGAUCAUCCUGAGGUCUGUCCUCUAUGUGAUCAGGAGCCGGAGAAUAUCCAACAUCUCCUUUGCAGUUGCAUCUUUGCUAGACAAUUUUGGCAUUGCAUUCUUGCACCGUUGGGGCUUGCUGAUCUUUCUCCUGUUUCUAUUGAGAUAUCUUUUGCUGAGUGGUGGAGGAAGGUGUGUAAGCAAGUGCACAAAUCCAAAAGAAGAGGCAUUAACAGCGUCAUCAUCUUGGGGGCUUGGUGUCUAUGGAUUCAUCGUAAUAAGGCAGUUUUUGAGGGUGUCAGUCCUUCCAUAAGCAGAAUUAAAAAAGUUUUCUUGGAAGAGUUAGAAUGUUGGGGUCUAGCCGGUGCCAAGCAUCUUGAGGGCUUAGGCCUAGGUGCUGCCAUUAUUAGGUCCAGGAAUUUUCUGGGUGAGUAGUGCAGGUGUGUGUGGGGAGCCUGUUGUGGGCUUUGUACUUUGGUCCAUUUUGGACCUUUUUCUUCUCUUAAUAUAAUGAUGCGCAGCUCUCCUGCGCGUUCAAGAAAAAAAAAAAAAAACUUCGUUUGAGGCCUCAUAUUGUAGUACCUUCAACCAGUGAUCUGAAGUUGUGAAGUAAAUGAUUAUUUGCAUCUCUCUGGAAUCUCAAGCAAAUUUGCAGAAACACAAAACUGAAUAGAGGAUGGUUAAAAAAAUGGUCUGGAAAAGAAAAAGUCGGAAUGAAGAAACUAUUGUUUCUUUAGCAUCAAAACCUAAGAAACACACCUUAUAAUCCCUGUUGAAAAAAAUGCUCAUCCAACAACUAAAUUUCAGAAUUCUAUGCAUUAUUUGUAGGACUUUAUUUAUUUAAGUAAACCUAUCUGAGUGACUGAGCUUUCCUUACAGUUACCAGUUAUUCUAACCAUUUUAAUGAGCCAUAGCUAUCUAGUACCACUUUUGCAUCAAAAGACAUGUAGGUACCCUAAGGCAUGUAUGCAUGCUCAGUUCUAUUGUUGGUAGAGUGGUUGGGCUCAAAUUGGUGGUGCAAAAAGCUAGCGCAAUGAACUCUAGCCAACCUGCCUUUCUGCACUUACAUAGCGAAAAUAUUGGAGCGGCUGUGCUUUCGGAAAGAAAACCAUUAGUUAAGGCUUUGCUGACCCUCAUCAUGUAGACAUGUCAAUGAUCAAUUGCUCUGCAUUUUCCUAAAACCAUCUCAUUGUACUGCAAAUGGUAUAUGGCUCCAGCCUACCCCAACUUGAUGUCGUACAUUGUAUAUGAACCUAGUUUUCUUCCAUACUAAAUUAUUAAUGUUAAUAACGUGCAUUACAUCAACAUGCUGAGGGACCAGUUAUAAUACAAGUAUACAACCCUGCACGCAUUCCGUUCAUCCCUUGUGUUCACUUUAACCCGAAGAAACAUGCUUCUUACCGGCAACUGUGGAACUUC